AUGUAUCGAUUCUUUCAACACGUUAAAAUAAAUGCAGAUGCUCUGCCAGACUUUACCAAAGAUUGCACCAAAGGUGAUGGGCUCGAAGUCAAUAUUACUCCCAAUGAGAGAGUUCCGGUCUUCAAGUUCAGUGAUCUUGAGCCGAGUUUGGUCGGGGAAGCCGGAGAUGUUGUCGAUCACAGUUCGAGACAAUUCUUGGAAAUGCUAACCUCUCAGUUUUUGAUUGAUUCGUAAGUUGAUACCAAUGCGUUUAUUGGACUUAUUUUUAGUGGCACAUAUGAAUUGGUGAACCCCGGAACGAUCUACAAUACAUCUCGCACUCCAUUGACUUUGGCCAUGGAAACUCGCGAUGGAUUGCACAAAGCAGUGAGAGUAAACGAAUAUCAAGGACAAGUUCGGCCUCUACUCAUAGCUGACAGUAAGUUUCUGCUCCUUUUUGUUCGUGUUGGACGGGUAAUUAACGCUUUCUUCAAGUGUCAUGUAUAAUAUAAAAAUUGAUUUAAGUGCGCCGAACCAUUUUCUAUCAGUCCACCCAAACCUUGGCCGAGAUCCGCAGCAAGUAUAUUGCCCGGGAUAAAAAGAACGGGCCUUCACAGUUUGCCAAUAUGUUCCGUGGAGUCAGAUGUCGAGCUAUCCAUCGUCCGGGAGCUCAUUUUCGUAUCAAAGGAAUCACUCGUGAACCGAUCUCUGACAAAAAAUACAAUGCCAAAGGAGAUAUUCAGCAAUACUACAAGAGAUGUGGACAUGACAUCAACUCUUCACUGCCUGGGGUUCAGGCGGACAUCCCUGGCAAAACGAUGGCUUACCCUUUGGAGGUCUGUAUCCCGUUACCGGGACAAUUGAUCCCGUCGGAAAAGAUUCACAAGGACGCUGAGAUCUUAUUGGUAAGAUUUUUGAAUUUUUUUUUUCUGGUUUCUAUCCAUUUGUUUUAUUAUAAACCGAUUUUAUAUUAUCGAUCACUUCAGGAGAACAGUGAUGUUCCGGACAAGCGCUACGACUUUGUCAUGAAACUUGUCGAGGUGAUUUCAACUGGUCCUGGGGCAGAAUUCCUUUCUCAGUUCGGUGUUAGAAUUCAUCCAACUGGCAAUGAUGUGGAUAUUUAUGAGAGGAACCUGUUUAACUUCAAAUUUGCUGGAGCCGAGCCAGUAAAGCCAGAGGCCGACGGAAAUUUUCUGGUUAAGGUAUUGAAACAGAAAUUUCUGAGCCCGUCCAAGAUGCUGGUCUCGUGGUGGUGCCUGUUUUCGAGCAGGGACACCACUGAGAGCAACGUGAAGUAAGUUGAACAUCCAUCAUGGGUAAUUUCAUAAUUGUUUUGCUUUUAGACAGUACAUUACCAAGUUGGUUGAGACCGCAAAGAAGGCUGGAUUGGCUCUAAACCAACCCUCCAGAUUCAUUCCAGUUGACACUGGCAAUUCCGACGCUCUUCAUCAGAAAUUCAAGGAAGCUGUUGUUGGCAAAGUCCGAUUUAUUUUCUUCAUCGAUGGACAGAUGUCGGAGAUUCAUCAGCAUCUCAAACUCUUCGAAGCGCAUUAUAGAAUCCUCACGCAACAUAUCAGAGUUAAGAGCAUGGAUUUGACGGAGCCGCAGACCAUGAAUAACAUCCUUAUGAAGAUCAAUACCAAAGCAUUUGGAACCAAUUACUGGCCAAUUGUCCCGGAGUUUAUUAAGGACUAUGAUCUCAUUGAUAACAAGGAUCUCUUGGUGUUGGGUUACGAUGUUGCCCAUCCAACGGGAAAGGACAGAAAUCCGAGAGGAAUCAACGGACAGAGUGUAUCGGAUCCAAUGAAUGUAAAGCCGUCCGUUGUCGGAAUAUGUGCCAACAUGUUCAAGGAUACGAAAGUUUUUGGUGGGGAGUUUUUUUAUCAGGUGAGAAAAGGAUUUUGGUUUGACUAUUUUUGAGAUGAAACGUUGAGUUGAUUAUUUUUUCAGGACCCUCUAAAGGAAGAAGUGGACUCGGAACUCCUCCAAGAAGCGACAACCGCUUUUCUGGAGAGGUGCAAGAAACAAGAGAGGGAGAUCAAGAGGAUUCUUAUCAUCCGGGAUGGUCUGAGCGAGGGUCAAUUUGCAAUGGCUCUGGAUUCGGAACUCAGAGCAAUCAAAAGAGGACUGGUCAAGGCUGGAGUCGAUUCCAAAGUCACUUUUGUUGUCUGCAGCAAGCGUCAUAACAAGAGAUUCUUUGUGACGAAAAAUGGAAAAAUCGAAAAUCCGCCAGUUGGAGCUGUGAUCCGGGACAAAGUCACUCGGACUGAUGUCAAGGAGUUCUUCUUGUUGUCCCAUAACCCAGUCAGAGUAAGUUUGGAGGGCUUUCUUUUUGGAUGUAUCUUGAUUUCUUCAUAUGUUGUCAAGUGUAAUGUAAUAUAUUUUUUCAGGGAUGUCCGAAACCAACGCAGUACACGGUCCUCUUAAAUGAACUCGAGAUCCCAGACCUGCAUGUUGAAUGGAUCAUUCAUUAUCUCUGUAAUAUGCAUCAGAUCUGCGCAGCUCCCACCGCUAUUCCGUUGCCUGUUUUUAUGGCCGAUGAGUUGGCCAAGAGAGGAAAUGCCCUCUAUAAAGCAUACCAGUAAGUCCUUCGAUUUCUUUUGGGUUUAGAGUACUAGAAAACAAAGGUAUCCUCAUCUUUUAUAAUUUUCAGUCAGCUGGAGAAAAGCCAUGAGAUCCGCCGAGAGAUGAGAAUCAACCACAACGAUCCCCAGUAUUAUAGCGCUCUUUCCAAUCAAUUCACCUACCUCAAGGAUGCAUUGGGUCUUACCAGAUUCAACGCCUAA